CGAUGCCACAUCUGACGUCUUCAACGAAGGUGUGAACCUUGGAGCUGAUAGAGGGGAUAUCCUCAUUGAUCCUUUAAUAUCCAGCCUGGGGCGAGAAGAGGGAGCCAGAGAGCACAUGGGAAAAAAGCUCAGAGCAUCAGCCUGUAGUCGAGAUGGGAGACACGCUGGAGUUCAACGAGAUUUAUCAGGAGGUGAAAGGUUCUUGGAAUGACGGGCGACUGCGCUUCAGCAAGCAGAACGUGGUGUACAAGAGCAGCAAGACAGGAAAAGUGGACAACAUCCCGGCGGCUGAACUCAGCCUGGCUCAGUGGCGACGCGUGUGUUUAGGUCACGGCAUCAAGCUUAGCACCAGCACGGGACACAUCUACAAAUAUGACGGCUUCAGGGACACGGACUUUGAGAAGAUCUCAGAGUUUUUCAAAGCAAACUACAGUGUGGAGCUGACUGAGAAGGACAUGUGUGUGAAGGGCUGGAACUGGGGAACAGCCAAAUUCUCCGGGCCACUUUUAUCGUUUGACGUGAAUGACAACACAGCCUUCGAGAUCCCACUGGCGAACGUCUCUCAGUGCGCCACGGGCAAGAACGAAGUCACACUGGAGUUCCACCAGAAUGACGACACAGAGGUGUCGCUCAUGGAGGUCCGCUUCUACGUCCCGCCCAGCCAGGCCGAUGAGCGGCAAGACCCAGUUGAGGCCUUCGCCCAGAACGUGCUGUCGAAGGCCGAUGUGAUCCAGGCAACAGGAGACGCUGUGUGUAUCUUCAAAGAGCUGCAGUGUCUUACGCCCAGAGGAAGAUAUGACAUCCGCAUCUACCCAACCUUCCUUCAUCUCCAUGGUAAGACGUUUGACUACAAGAUUCCCUACACUACCGUCCUCCGUCUAUUCCUGCUGCCACACAAGGACCAGAGGCAAAUGUUCUUUGUGAUCAGUCUGGAUCCGCCCAUCAAGCAGGGCCAAACGCGCUACCACUUCCUGAUUCUGCUAUUCUCCAAAGAAGAGACCAUCAACCUGUCUCUCAACAUGAGCGAGGAUGAUGUGGAGCGCCGCUUUGAGGGCAAACUCAGCAAGAAUAUGUCUGGUUCGCUAUAUGAGAUGGUCAGCAGGGUGAUGAAGGCCCUGGUCAACAGAAAGAUCACAGUACCCGGAAACUUCCAGGGCCACUCAGGUGCUCAGUGCAUCACUUGCUCCUACAAGGCGUCCUCGGGCCUCCUGUAUCCCCUGGAGAGGGGCUUCAUCUACGUGCACAAGCCCCCUGUGCACUUGCGCUUUGAGGAGAUCUCCUGCGUCAACUUUGCCCGAGGCACCACCACCACUCGCUCCUUUGACUUUGAGAUUGAGACCAAGCAGGGGAACCAGUACACCUUCAGCAGCAUAGAGAGAGAGGAGUACGGCAAACUGUUCGACUUUGUCAACGCCAAGAAGCUCAACAUCAAGAACAGAGGCUUCAAAGAGGGCAUGAAGGGUAACAUCGACGAGUACAGCGACUCUGACGAGGACCAGCAUGACGCCUACCUGGAGCGCAUGAAGGCUGAGGGCAAGAUCCGAGAGGAGGGCAACGACAGCGACGAGUCCGACAGCGGCAGCGAUGAAUCUUUCAACCCUGGAGAGGAGGAUGACGACAUUGCAGAGGAGUACGACAGCAAGGCGUCCGCCAGCGACAGCAGCGAUGAAGCAGGAAGUGGAAGUGAGGAGGACAGUCCAAAGAAGAAGAAAGUCAAAAAACCCAAAGUGGUGAAGGAGAAAAAAGAAAGAAAGCCACGCAAAGAGAAGAAGCAAAAGGACACCGGCGGCCCCAAGAGGCCCAUGACCGCCUACAUGCUGUGGCUCAACUCCAGCCGAGAGCGAAUCAAGUCGGAGAACCCCGGAAUCUCCGUCACGGAGAUCUCAAAGAAGGCUGGGGAGAUGUGGAGGCAGCUGGGCAAAGACGAGAAAGAGGAAUGGGAAACCAAGGCAGGAGAGGCCAGGAGGCAGUACGACAUUGCACUAAAAGAGUACAAAGAAAGCGGUGGAGAGUCCUCCAUUUCCAAGAAGGAGGCCAAGAAGUCUGGAGGCAAAAAGGAGGAGAAGAAGAGAAAGUCUUCGGGAGGAGACAGGGAGAGGGAGCGUGGUGGUGGCGGCGGCAACGAAAGCUUCAAGAGCAAAGAGUUCAUUGACACCAGCGAGGAGAGCUCGUCCGACUCUGACCACAAGAGCAAGUCCAAGAAGACGACGAAGAAGAAGAAGAAGGAAUCCGAUGAAGAGGAGGAGGCUGCAUCCUCACCUGCCAGCUCAGAGGAAGAGUCCGACUGAGCGCGCGCACACACACAAAACCAAGGACCAAGUGUUUACACGCUUCAUAUUGAUUUCUCACAACUGGACUGCGAAACACACAAAAACAAAUGGGCAGACUUGUCUGUUUUGCUUUAAGUUUAGCGCCAUGUGCCCGCUAUUUCCUCAAAGAGAUGUGUUGGUAUUUGCUGUAUUUUUAAAGUUGGCAAUUUACAGUAGGUUCACCCCCCCCUUCUUCUUAUGGAUAUUUGUUGUAGUACUGUAGCACUAAGGUGCAGCCAUCAGUUUUCUUUGUCAUAUUUCCAGGCUUGAAUGAAUAAAUCAAUCGUUUUUUUAAAUAAUAAAAA